AGGCUGCGUUCCCCAUAGCUCUACGUUUCACUAGAGUGCAACACAACUCUGCCUCAACAGACUGACACAGGAUUACUUUUUUCUCCUGCCAAACAUCAGCAGUGAACACUUCUAUCAACAUCAACCACAAAGAAAGGACCCUGACCAUGUGCUCUGUGGCUAGGAAGUCUUGUUCAACCACAGAAAGCCAGCUUCAGCCCAACUCACCUUGAUACUUGGUUUGAAUAGGAAAGAAAGUGCCAACCGCACUAGGGGGCUGUGUAUUGAGAGGACCAUGGGGGCCAAGCAGUCUAGAAGUUUCUCCAGAGAAGAGUUGAGUCAGGUGAGUGUGAGUCAGGGUAGGAGGACCCCCGGAAGAGACGACCAUCCCAGUCUGUCAUCAGCCGCAGAGAGGAUCCGCAAAAACACCACCACGCACUUCGGCUACAGUACCCUCAGUAUGUCCAUGCGUGGGCUCGACGAGAUGCCUGCCGAACUGUGGGAGCUGAGAGAGCUGGAGAAACUCAACCUCUCCUUGAACUACCUGUGUGCCCUCCCUCCAGCAGUGGGCACUCUGGACAACCUGGUGAUCCUCAACCUGUGGGGGAACAACCUGACGUGCCUGCCGCCUGAAAUCGGCCUGCUCAAGAAGCUCCGCGUCCUCUUUGCUUACCGUAACCAUCUGAGCGAGGUGCCUGAGGAGCUGGGCUCCUGUACUCGCCUGGAGGUGCUCAGCCUGGCUAACAACAAGAUCACGGGCCUCCCGGGUAGCCUGGCGGCCAUGCGCAGCCUGACCAAGCUCAACCUCAGUCACAACCGCAUGGCUCACAUCCCCACCUGCGUCUACAGUAUGAAGGGUCUGGUCUUCCUUCACCUGGCAUGCAACCGGCUCGAGAACAUCGCCGACCAGAUCCAGGACCUGGUCAAUCUGAAGAUCCUCAUUGUGGAGGGGAACAGUAUCCACGUGCUUCCUAAGACCCUGUGCUUCCUGGAUACGCUGGAACUGUUGAAUGUGGACUUUAAUGACCUGCAGAGUGUGCCUGUGGAGAUGUAUCAGCUGAGCCGACUGGGUAAACUGGCGUGUCAUCCAAUGGAUAAAGGGCUGCACAUUGUCCAUAACCCCCUGCUCAAACCUAUUCAGGAGGUGCUGCAGGGAGGCCUUAGUGCUCUUUAUAACUACCUCAAGCCUGGAUGAGGGAAAUGAGUGUAGUUUAUGAAUGUGUUUGUGUGUGACUGUGUGUGCGUGUUCCUAGAACUCAUAUCAGUGAUGUUGUUCAACGCUUAUGUAUAAGUAAUAAUAAUCUGAUUACCGAGAGAUGAACUGCAAGGAUGGGAUCACCUUUUGUAAUUGUGACCUUGCUGCACAGAUGAGAUGAUAAAAUGCUUUCUGAGACUGCCAGGUUUAAAUUACUGGAUUUUCCUGUGACACAUGAAUACCAUGAAAACCAUGUCAAAAGUCUGUAUAAUCCAUUAAUGAGUUUCACAAUUCACCGAUUCACCACUCUACUUUUGGGUAGCUCCUUUUCCCUUCUCAGUUGACUUUGUUGGUCCCAUUAGUAAAGGGGUAGUUGGGUGUUGGGUCAGUGACAGCACGCACCCCUUCCCCCUCUCCCAUCCAGGUGAUGAGGAUCAGGUAUGGGGAGUGGAGACCGGCAGUGGAAACUGUGUUUGUGAGGGCUUUACAUCCCAACAAAAGCAGGUCUUAGACUCUGAUUAAAUGUUCCACUCCAACACAUCAACACUCUGGUCAGGAGCAGACCCUGAGGUGGCGGUGGCUAUUAUAACACUCUCUCUCUCUUUGUCACACACAAAUGCUAUCGUUCUAUCUCUCUCUUUCUUUCUCAGCAGAUGGAUAGUGGAGCUCAUAUAUUGGAUUUUGUUUUCUUUGUUGGUGGCAUUUGGCAACCUUUUACCAUCAGAUAAAUUGCAUUGAAAGGUGUGCAAAAAUGAGAGUCAGACUUGGCUGUGAAGCAAUCUCUCUUGGGCAAGUGUGGCAUCACGUGUCAUAUUUCUACCCUGUUCUCUAUAUCAUAACCAAUAAUGUGUAAUAACCUUAACCUGACUUUAGAGCAUAGGACAGAUUCUGGGUUUAUUUAUAUUGGGGUGAAUGGAGACAGCCCUAAGUCAAGUGUUGCAGUCGUCUGACCCCAAUUCAGCCAGUUCAAGAUUGGAGGAGACAGUUGUUAAUGAGAUUUUGUGAUGGUCACAUUCCAAAGGCGUGUCCACUGCCAUCCAAUGGGAUUCCACUUUGACCUUAAACAGCUGCACUAAUAUCUGUGACUCUCACUGGAUCAUUGGCAUUCCUAACUACUAUAUAUUUAUAUUUCUUUAUGAUCCCCAGCUUCAGAUUUGUAUUGACACACAGCCCCGUAACUCUUCACAAUCUAAUUGCUUUAGAACUAUACUCAUUAUAUAAUAGAUUUUUAUACUCUGACCAUUAUAAAUC